AUGCCCGCCACUCAGAAAGCCCUCCUUCUGCCCCAGAAGCAUGGCGAGUUUGUCGUCGGUAAUACUCCCAGUUAUACGCCAGGACCCGGAGAGCUCCUCAUCAAAGUCCAUGCCGCGGCUCUGAACCCACUUGACUGGAAGAUCCAGAAAUAUGGGAUUUAUGUCGAAGAGUUCCCCGCCAUCCUCGGUCAGGACAUCGCUGGAGAGGUAGAGGAGGUCGGUGAAGGCGUUACGGAUUUCAAGAAGGGCGAUAGAGUUUUCAGACAGGCCCUCUUCUCAAGCCGUACGAACGGUUUCCAGCAGUAUACGAUUGGUCCUGCGUCUUCAACCGCAAAGAUCCCUGCGAACAUUUCGUUCGACGAAGCAGCGACACUUCCCGUGGUUCUGAGUGCCGCCUACGUCGGGCUGUAUGGCGGGCCAACAUUCGGGCAGGGUAAAACACCGCCAGUCACCCAAGAGGGUCAAGGAGAGUACGCCGGGCAGCCCAUUGCUAUACUCGGCGGUGGAACUUCUGUUGGGCAAGUCGCUAUUCAACUGGCGAGGCUAUCUGGCUUUUCGCCCAUCAUUGCGACUGCAUCGCUCAAGCACGCCGAGGCGCUCAAGUCUCUGGGUGCCACAGCAGUUUUCGACCGCAAACUUUCCAGUGCCGAACUUUCCGCCGAGAUUGCGAAGGUCACAACUGGAAAGUCGUUGAACGUCGUCUUUGACACUGUCGGCUUGCCAGUCACUCAGCAAACUGCGGUCGACAUCGUCGCCCCUGGUGGCGCCGUUUCAGUUGUGCUUCCUCCCGACGCGAGUGUGAAGAUCCCGGACGACAAGACAGUAUACCAAGUUCUUAGCCUUUUGACGCUCCCACCGAACACAAAGCUGCUGGAGGCGCUUUAUCACGAUCAUGUCACGACUUGGUUGGAGAAGGGUAUUCUCAAGCCCAAUAGGGUCGAAAUCCUGCCGAACGGGCUUGCGGGGAUUCCGGACGGUUUCAAGAAGCUCGAGAAUGACCAGGUCUCUCGCGCUAAACUUGUCGCUCGUCCACAGGAGACUGUUUAG